AUGGGGUGUGCCCACUUCUCCUGGAAGCACCCAGCAGUGGAAGGCAAUAUCGAUGUCAUGAUUAGUCGAUCCCACAGCUUAGAGGAUGCAAACGCGGAUUUCUUGGCUUCCUGGAUAUGCAACGUUUGUAGCAGGAGCGGCGUGCGCUCUUUCUACAAGCCUGGUUUGUCAGGAUCUGCUGCACUGGACAAAGGCCGGCGAAGACUCCUCAGAGACGCGCUUGAGGUGGCCAGCUGUGUAGCAGCUGUCGCGGUUGCAGUUGCCAUCCAGACGGAGACACAGUUGGCAAGCGAAGUUGUUUGGGCCGCGCAGCACUCCAAGCCCAUCAUACUUCUUUAUGACUCGUCACUGCCCUUCGACAUGCCGGCGUGGCAAGACAGCUUUCCGGAGCUCUUCCCUUCACAUGUCGUGAGAUAUUAUGGGAAGGGUCACGAAGCAUGUGCCGACGAACUGAUGCAAGCUAUUGAAUCAGUCAAGCUGGCCAGCUCGUCUCAGGCUGGUGGCAGGCAGAAGGCACCCAGCACGAGCGCCGCGAAGACGAUGUCUGACAACGUGAUGUCGGACCUGUCUGACAGCGGAUCUGUGGAAGCACAAAGCUGCUUUUCUGAUGAAGCGUGGCAGGCGGCGCUGGAGAGGAUGCGGGAGUCGCAGCCCUCAGAUUUGCCGAAGAUUAGCUUCAAAGGGAUUCUUCGAAAUCGCGAACGAUGGACCCUCAAGCAGAGUGCACGGAAUGCCCCUUCACCAUUUCUGGAGGGAGAGGUGCAAGAAGCCGUUCGCUACGUCAUGCGAGCAUUACCCAAUGCUUCAGAAGAGGCAACCUUGGAGCUUCUUUGUGCCGGUGUUGGUGUCAGCGAGCGUGUGGUCUCGGCAUCCUUGCGCGUUCUCUGUGUGCGAAUGAGCGGAGUCACUGAGCCUCCUCAGCCCGACUUCGUGCAGGAGGUCUUUGCGUGGUCCCUUGCUGCACUGCACCGACACGUGGACAGCGUUGAUGUGUGCACUUUUGGAAUGGAGUGCCUGCAAAUAUCGUAUGGCCUGCUGCAAAGUUCGGGUGCCAAGCCCAUGAAAAUCAGCAGCGUUGAGGCGGAGCACAUAGUACGCGCAAUUCGGAGCUUCCCAUCAUGCCGAGUCUUGCAGCGGAAUGGCUUUUCGGUUCUCCUCCAACAUCUCCGAAACCCGGACUCCUUCCGUGUGCAAGACAGCGCAGGAUCCAUUGCACUGCCGGGUGGCGGGCUGGCUCGCGUCCUCACGCGUGAAGGCGUCGCUGAGAUGGCUUUGAAGGCGAUGGACCCCGGAGACAGCGAGUUCCUUCGGGAAGUGUGCGCAGUAUUACAAAUCCUGGCUGGCUCAUCUCGUCACGUAAAGGAGUUGCUGUUCGGGACCAUGACAACCUGGGUCCGCUUGCUGCAGUCCAGUGGUGGUGAGUCCUUGACCGUCCUAGAGCUACUAGCUGCCCUUGCAUCGGGCGAUGAUGAUGGGCAGGAAGCAGUUGGACAAGCCCAGGGCAUUUUCGAGUCGCUCUACGACUGCUUGAAGGGGCCGGAGCCGGAGCAGGUGCAGACCAGACAGGUCUUCACCCUUCUCUGCCUGUUGACAUCCCGGCACAGUGAGAACAAGAAGCGGUGUUGCUCCACUCUGAAUGCGGGAUUGUUGCGUGAGGCUGUGAGAACUUGCUGCUCUUGCCAGGAAAGCCCCGAAGUCCGCUUGGCUGCUGGUGGCAUGCUUGUCAACAUUUGCAGCGAUCCAUCGAACAUUUCAACAGUCUCUUCAGUUGGUGCUCUGUCAGCGGCAGACGCCUUGCAGUCUGCCACUGGCCCGGCCGAACUGCAGCUGCAGCGCUGUGGCGCUGCUAUCAGGCUAGGCUGCAAGACCGGGUCUGACCCUUUCCGAGGUGACGGCAGCCAGUGGAAAACUGCGGCCGGACCAAGCAGUUCUGGCGAUCCUUUUGCAGGGCUUUUUGCGAUGCGCAAGAGCUCUCAGCCGAUUGGGGGCCAGAAGGUUCGAGUCGCGGAAGCUGCGGCAGCCCCUUCGAGGCCUCCGGACGAGCCGGACGAACGGGCACUGAGUGAAGAGUCGAGGUCGGCGCAUCGCCCGGAGGAUCGACCGCGCGGACCUGGAUGGCAACGACUUCCACAGCACUCCAGUUCAUCCAAGAAGCGGAGCGACAGUCAGGAGCCGAUGUCCCCCCGGGAAGAACCUGAGAACUCAGCGUCGUGGGGGUUAGGAGAGUGGGCACCCAGUGGGCUUGCACCACCUCUCUCAAGCUAUCCCGGGCUGAGCAAAGAUCUUUGGAUCGGGGGCAAAGGAGAAGAGCAGGAGUUGGAUGCCGAAGAAGUCGAAAAGGAUGCUGACGAAGAGCUUGUGUCGGUGCGGACUCAGGAUCAAUUGCACCAGGACGAUACCGUCGAAGCUCAGGAUCCCGGCCUCACGCGGGCUGCGAAGCAGGUGUCAAAAGGGCGGACGUUGCGCGCGCAGCUGGAUGAACUCCGGGCGCAGGCUCCCUGCCCAAAACCUAAACCAACUGGGUGGUUCGGAAGACGGCCGUCAGGGUCGAGUGGCUUUGCACCAGGGCCUUCCAGCACUGUCGCCGAAGACCGGCGUGCGAGGGCGGUGGCCCGGGAAAAUGAUAUGCUCGUUUCGCAGAUGGCUCUCGAUGCUUCACGACCGCCUUUGGAGAGAGGCGAAGUCGAGAUGGAUUUUCCGGUCCCGGCAAACUCAGGGACGCUUGGAAAAGCGUGCCCGAAGCUGGUUCAGCCAAAGUUCAGCCGCCCAGACAAAGAGGGCCAGGUCCACAGAAUCCCUUCGAACGAGAAGUUCAAGGUUUCAUGUCUUCUCGAGCAGGGAGUCUUGAUGGAUCGCGGUCUGCAACCUGAUGCGCAACUGCGGGGUGUUCUUAUCACCAGCCUGGGACGCAGCAGCAAGUGGGCAGAAGCCCUUUCGGUUCUACAGGAGUCGAUCUUCUCUUUGAGUACUCUUUGCUUCAACGCCGCCAUUACGGCCUGUGAGAAAGGCCAGCAGUGGAUGCAGGCCUUGGCAGUCCUGGAUGCCCUGACAGCUGUCAGAGUUCCAGCAGACACUGUCUCCUACAGCGGGGCCAUCAGUGCCUGUGAAAAGUGCCGGCAGUGGGAGCGUGCUCUGGCUUUACUGGGCCAGUUGCAGAGGUGCCAGCUGGUUCCUGACACGAUCGCCUGCAGUGCAGCCAUCAGUGCUUGCGAGAAAAGCGGUCGUUGGCAACAGGCCCUGUCCGUUUUGAGCACGAUGCUGGAAGAACGGGCCCGCACAGACCUGGUCAUCUUCAGUGCUGCCAUCAGUGCCUGCGAGAAAGGACGCAAAUGGCAAGAAGCUCUGCAGCUGCUCCGCAUGGCCCUGGAGCGGUUCAGGCCUGACAUCACGCCUUACAACGCGGUGAUCAGUGCAUGCGCAGCGGACGGAUGCAACGGAUGGCAAAUGGCGGUGCAGCUCUUCUCAGAAGCUCUGCACACUCUGCAUCUGUCAGUUGAUGUCCUGACAGGAAGCUCUGUGAUCGCUGCAUGUGCAGAAGCCAGGGAGUGGCGACCUGCCCUGCAGCUGCUCAAGGAAUUGCAGCAGGAGGGUGUCAGGUUGAACAUCAAAGUGUACAACGCAGCAGUCACGGCGGCAUCGGAAAGACCCCUGAUUGCCCUGCAAGUUGUGGAGGAGAUCGAUGAUUCGCAUCUCGAGCCAGAUGUUCUGACGUACAUGCCCCCAGCAGAGGCAAUUGCCGACAACGGUUUUCCUCCCUUGCAGCAGCAAUCUCAGUUCGCAGAGGUGCUUGCUUCGCUGGUGAAGGCCACCGAGUCCGCACUUCGUGAGAGUGCUUCUCAAUGCGCCCCGACAGUUCUUGCACUGGACUUGCUCACAGACUCGGGAUGUUUUCAGGCUUGUCAUGGUGCGCUGCAGGCGCAGGCUUGCCGCUUGAUUCUCGGGCCGGCGAGGCCGCGUCUCCAAAAUCUCAUGGAUGCCUCGGAGCGUAGAGAAGGUCAUGAAAAUGAGGCUCUCCGCGACCCUGUCCUCGAGAGGCACUUCAGUAUGGGCAGUAUGCUGACAGACGAGGUCCUGGCAUCCUCCUUCCCAGCAGGUGCCGCCUGGAGAAGACCUGCGGUCCAUCAGGCACGGUCUGCCCUGCAGUUGUGUGAAGAGGAGGUUUCCUUCGCUGGCUCUGUCGUUUCUCGUGGGAUUAGCGCCUGGUCGGGCUGCAGCCUUCAAUGCCCGUCAGUGACCGAUUUCGGGCUCCGUGGCCGGCUCUGUGCCUUUGGAGAAGCGGAUCCCGAUUUCAGGCGCUUGGCGCCAAUCCUGGUGGAGCAUGAUCGGUCGCAACAUGCCGAAAGACAGGCAAUGCUCCUGCUCUUGGACGAAGUUAAUGCAAGCAUCCAUGGGCCAAAGACUUGUCCAGAUGGUGCCGACACGCUGGAAAAGCAAGGGCCAAUGCCCGGAAGGAUUGGAGGUAUGAAAGGCGUGAACGGAGUUGAGAUGGUGAUGCCGGGGGGGCUAGAUGUGACGAAGAAGCCAACGAGUCUUCGAACAAUGAGAUCUAGCUCCUCAUCGAUGUUGACUGGUGUUACCGGUUCUCCGAAAUGGAUCAAGCUAGACGGAAUCCACGACACCUUCGUUCGUCGGGUUCGACGUGCAGGCAAUGCUUGGAUUCAGACUGACCAAGCAUCCGUGGUGAUUGGAGUAGCCAUAACCGUGCAAGCGCUGCUAAUGGGCAUAGAUCUGGAGCUCGAAUUUGCUGCACAGCUAGACCAGGACGAGCAGAGUCAACUGGCUGGUGGCGCCCUUCGAGAACGAGGUGGCUUUGCUUUCUAUUUCGUCCUGACCAUGGAUUGUCUUCUAUAUACUAUAUUCACCGUCGAAUUUUUUCUGAGGCUCCGUGCAGUGGGCAUAAAAUUCAUGCGCACAGCCCUCGGGGUGUUGGACUUCAUUUUAUUGCUAAGCGCAGGAGGAUACAUUGUACUCCAGCUAACUGACAUUACGCUGCCGGGUGCAAUGGUUGGAAUUGUUCGCACAGUCCGACUUCUCCGUGUUCUGAGAUUUGUUCACAUUCUGGCAAUCGUGCCUGCCUUGGCUCUCCUGGUCAAAGGUCUGGUGAGCACGCUGAUUACCAUCAUGGAUGCAAUGAUCCUGCUAGGAAUCCUGUCCUAUGUGGGGGCCCUCCUCUGUUCAGAGGCUCUGGGGAAUGCAACAAUCCCUGAGCUCCAGACUUUUUUUGGAACCAUUCCUUUGAGUUUUCUGACGCAUAUCAAAUUGGUAUUGGUUGAAGGAUGGCCGGAGAUUUCGGACGCAAUGUUGCAAGACUCUGACUAUUGGUCAGUGUACUUGAUCAUCUUCAUCUUCCUCAGCAAUUUCGCUCUCUUGAACCUGGUUACCGGCGUCGUCUGCGAACGAGUCAUGGAACUUGCUAGACAGAUGCCACCUGUGUCGGCAGACGACAAGGACUUCGAGCUUGAGGAUUUGAGAGACAGGAUUACUGAACUGUUUGAAACUGCAAGUAGACAGAGGCGCAACUACCUGUCCGAGGGGGAAUAUGUGAAACUUCUGCGAUCCGUCCCAGCACGGGAAGUGCUCGAUGACAUGAAGAUUGCACUACCUUCUGAUACAACCCGUUUAACGUGCUUGAUUGACGACGAUCACAAUGGGAAGGUCACACGCAUGGAGUUGCAGGAUGGCCUGUUGCGGCUGCGGGGCAGUAGGCUUGACGCUGUCUCGCGGGAGCUGCAGCUGAUGGUGAGGAAGCGCUUCUGGAUGUCCUUCACUGCUAUCAACAAUGCCGACACUCAGCUUGAAGAGUCUGUGCGGGAUCGCAUGCAGUCUGCCGGUCAGAAAGCAAUGCAACAAGUCGAUGGCAUCCAAGCAGGAUUCCUGCAUCGCCUGAAACGCCAUUGUGGUAAGAGAACGCCUGAAGCCAAGAAGUGGGACAAUCGGCUUUCGAACAUCUCCUCUGCCAUGCGGGCACUUCGAUGGGACGAAGCCGCUGCUUUGCUUGUGAAAAACAGGCACCACUCUUGGCAGGAUGUUCCGGAGACUGAAGAGUUCCAAGUCUUCUUUGACUGCUACGAGACUCGGGAAGAGAUGCUACAGCGCACGUUCUCUGGCGAGUCUGAACAUCGCCCACGCAGAUGGCCACUGGAGCGCCGGGGCAGUGGAGAAUUGCCCCGCAACCGCCCGCUUUCUUUGGUGCCGGAGGCUGGUUUCCGCACCUUUGCCGAGAGGGCAUCAAUACGCCAGCUGCCGGAACCGACGUUCAGGGAUGACAUGCCGCUUCUUCCAGAAGAUGUCUACGAAGACCUUGUGCCUGUGCUCAAGGAAGAGGUGCUGGACCAGUGGCGGCGUCGCAUGGAGGAGGGCGAUCUCGAUGAGCAGCUUCAGAAGCAGCUUCACGCGGGCUUCCCAGAACUGGAAGAGUGGACUUCACUCUCCACCGUACGGCGGAUGCUGCGAGCAUCCCAGGGAAAUCUGGCACAGGCCACGCCAAUGCUGAUGAAGGCCAUCGAAUGUCGUGUUCGGGAACGAGAACUUUUUCAGUGCAUGCGAUGUAAGGCGGCUUGUGACAUGAGGAUCAUCGGACGGGAUCGACAGAACCGUCCGACAAUUUACAUUAGCGCACGGAGCCAGACAGAGCCCCUGCGAGCUCUCAUUCCGCAAGUCUUCCUGGCCUUUGAGGCAGCGACGCGGCUUGCCCAGGAGGACGGCCAGGCAAUUCUGGUUGCUGACAUGAUCCAGUUGCAGCCGCAUCUGAACAUGGAUCUUUUCGCAUUUAAAGAUCUAGCCAACAACUUCGGAGUGGUUUUUGCAGAUCGUCUGAACUGCAUCCUCAUCGUGGAUUUUUCGUGGGUGGCGCAGGCUGUCUGGUCCACCCUGAAGCCGUUUCUCAGCGAGCGCACGCAGAGAAAGAUCAACUUCCUCAGCGAGGCAAAGGCCCGGUCCUUCGUCAGCCAGAACUUCUCCGCAGCGACCCGCGACAGGAUCUUCAGCUCCUUCGACAUCAACCGGGAUGAGCUAAGCACGCAAGAGGACAGAUUUGCUCAUGCGCUCCGGACUGCCAUUUGCGAUGUGCCGCUGGGGGAGCUACGAGCUGCAGACGAGGCCGGGUAA